AUGUCAACACAACCCCCCAACCCACAACUAAUGGGCAGAACGAACGUCAACAUGGCGGUCGCUCAACCAAAGCAAAAGCCUGCUUCCAAGGCCACUGCUGCUUCAAAGGCAAAGAUGCAAAUGCAUAGACGAUCAAGAACAGGUUGCUACACAUGCAGAUUACGGAGGAAAAAGUGCGACGAGGGCUCGCCGAGCUGCACGGCAUGCAAACACCUUGGGCUUCGAUGUGAAUACAAGAGGCCCAUGUGGUGGAGCAACAAUGACCAGCGCCGCCUUCAGAAAGACCAAAUCAAGAUGAUCAUCAAGCGAAAGAAGCUCUCGGAGAAGACAAGUUCGACAACAACGACAAACCAGAGUCAAGUCAUGACACCUGGUGCUGAAACACCUCCCGGUCUCUCACAUUCGCUGCCUACCUCUGCGACUUUUUCAGAUUCUCUUGAUCGUACUCGGUCAGCUUCAAUUGACUCUCAACUGUCACUCUUUGACUUUAAUGCACCCCCUGGAAUUGCCGACUACACCGAAUACAAUGCCCAGAUGCACUCAUCACAUUCACAAUAUGCAUCUAUGUACCCUGAAUUUUCUCCCUAUGAAAUUGACGUCAAGACCGAGAGACAAAUGUUCGUCAAUGAUAUCCCGACCCGCCGCGAAUCGACAAUAUCAACAUUUAGCACCUAUCAUCCACCACCACCUCCUGAGGCCAUGCUCCCAUCAUUCCCAGCUGAUAACGGGUGGGAUGAGACCUAUGACGAGCGGAGAGAAUCAAUGGCUGAAGAGAACCUGAACAUGAAUCUUUUCGACUUUGCGCAUGGCCCGCCAUCGAGUAUUCGUCAGGUUGCAAUUGAGCUCGAUGAGGGCGACCAACGACUGCUUGACCAUUUCAUCUCUGACGUGCUACCUACUGUCUUUCCAAUCCUCGAGACAAAUCAACAUGGGUCUGCCCGGACCGAUUAUGUUCUCCCAGCGCUUCAGAGCAACAAGUGCUACCUACACUGCUGCCUCAGCAUCUCGGCGCAGCACUUGAAAUCUACGAUGAACAUUCAGGGUGAGCAAAUCGACAACGAUAUCAUGCGCCACCGUUAUGCUACAAUUUCAGAGCUUUGCGAGGCGCUCAAUCAGGACACUGACCACCAGGAAAUUCUGGAAGCUACUCUUGGGAUGAUUUUCUUUCAAUGCUCCGUUGGCAGAUACGAUGACUCCCUCCCAGACAUCCCAUGGCACCAGCACUUCCAAGCUGCAAUUUCACUCGUACAAAAGUUGGAUUUGAGCCGAUUGGUUCUCGAAGCGCAAGACCACAAGCAAUUUAACAUGACUCUUACGUCUUGGAUUGAUAUUCUUGGCUCAACCAUUCAAGGUCGAGCUCCAACUUUUGCGCAUACCUACAGGGAAAAGCACCUGUCUUCAACUAACUCAUCAAUUGGACUUCGUGAAUUGAUGGGUUGCGAGGACCGCGUCAUGUAUUUGAUCUCUGAGAUUGCAUGCUUGGAAGCCCUCAAGAAGGAUGGUAUGGACGACAUCCAGCUCUGCCAACACGUGCACGCACUUGGUGAUCAGAUUGGCCUUACUGAGAUCGGAGAAUCUGGGCCUAAGAUUCCUUUCAAUGCCCAGGGAGUUUUGAGUCCAAAGCAAUUGAGCAAGAACAUGACAUCUGCUUUCCGUCUUGCUGCUAGAAUCUACUUGUGCAGUCUUGUCCCCGGUUUUACUCCAAGCCAGGCAAGCUGUGUAGGUUUGGUUGAGAAGCUUACUCAAGUUCUUGAAUUUAUUCCUUCUGGUCAAGUUGGUUUUGAUCGCAGUCUUGUAUGGGUCUAUCUUAUUGGAGGAUCAGUCAGUACCGCCGGAUCGACCUUCCGCGCUUUCUUCGACGAGCGUUUGAUGCAACUGGGCGAACUUGCAAACUUUGGAAGUUUUGGUCGCGUGGCUUGUCUCUUGAAGGAGGUCUGGGGACACGUUGACGGGCGAUUCAGUCCUGGUGGUGGGGAAGCACACUACGUCUCCUGGAGAGAUGUUAUGCAGAUGAAGGGCUGGGAUUUCUUGUUGAUCUAG